AUAGAAACUAAGGAAAAACAAUAACAGAAAACGGGUACAACGACAAAUGCUGUUUUAGGAGAACAAACGGAAUAAAAACCUAAGAUAAUGAAACAUUCAAAUAUUUUUAUACAUAAGGAUAUGAUGGAAUACGGCUAAAGAGAAUCCGAUGAAUUAAACGCCGAAAUCAAAAGAAAAAGUGAAGAAAUUUCCAAAAAAGUAUAAAGAAUAAGAAACAUAUAAAUAAACAUAAAAACAUAAAUAUAGAAAAGUAUAACUAACGUAACUAUUCUCUUAUCUUGCGCGAAUUCAAUUUAAUUUCUGUCUCAAAUUGAUUCGCCACCUUACCGCGUCUCGUCUUGACUUAAAUCAAUCCGACUGUAUCAAUUUGACUCUACUUGAGCGCAAACCACUGAACUUACAUCAUUUAAUACCACCAACGUUGCUCGCACUUUGUCGUUUAGUUCGGUCAUAGUGUUGCUACAGCCACAGGGACGCCGCAAACUUGGCGUUUACUCAUAAAAUUGAGCAAAAUAAAUUCCCCAACGCAGCUGACGUUUAGGUGCGAAUUGUGUCAAUCAGGGCGCAAUUGUUCAUUUGUGCAGUGGCCAUGGAGCCUCCUGGUGGGUUACCGCCGGACCGAGACAGACAACUAGUGCUGCGCCCCCAGCAGCAGGAGCAACAACUGGUACCGUUGGUACCGCAAGUCAAGCCGACCCUAGCACUGAAUCUUUACUCCAAGGACCAGGCCGUGUCCUCAACUAUUGCCACAACGCCGGCUGCAGAUGCCUCUACUGAGAAUGCCGCUGCCUCAUCUACCACAUCGAUCCGCACCACCAAUGCACUUGUGCUUGCGUCCGCGAGUAACGUUGUUAGUGUAAUCGCUGCGGGCAACAGUAGCACGGCGACGGCUACAAGUACCAGCCCCGCACUGGCGUCUGCAGCCAUAGCGAUAUCGGGCACCACGCAGGCGGCCACCGCGUUCAGCGGAAGCGCGGUGGGUGUGCAGCACACGCCGCAUCAUCAGCACCCGCCUCAUCAUCAUCCACCCCAUCCCACGCAUCAGAUGCACCAUCUGCCACACCAUCAGCCACAGACGUACGGUGCGCAUAACUCGUCGACAACUUCGUCCCUGUUUGGCGGUAUCUCGGCCAGCAGCAGCAGCAGCACUUCGGUUGGUGGGCAGCAACAAACCAUCGAGAAGUUGGCGCGACCCAUGGCUUUCGAUAAGAUGGAGGCACUGGUGCGCACUAUGCAGAAUGAUGAAAAACCCGUGCCAGUGCGAGUGCAGAAAACUUUUCUCAGCAAUAUUCCAUCGGCGUUCAUGGGCUAUGAUUUGAUAGAGUGGAUGAUGGACCGCUUGAUGAUUGAGGAGUCCGAGGCAUUGAGCAUCGCCAACCAACUUUGUUUGCAUGGCUAUUUCUUUCCCGUCAAUGACACCAAAACACUAGCCGUGAAGGAUGACUCUUCGCUGUAUCGCUUUCAGACGCCAUACUAUUGGCCAUGGCAGCACAAACCUCCCGACAAUGUGGAGUACGCCAUUUACCUGGCGAAGCGCUCGUUGCGCAAUAAGCAACGUCACGCCUUGGAAGAGUACGAGACUGAAGCCUUGGCAUCGCUACAUAAGAGCUUGAAAGGUAAGUGGGAUUUCAUCACUAUGCAAGCCGAAGAGCAGGUACGGUUGGCGAAGGAACGUAAGAAGGGUGAUAAGAUCGUCGUUGACUCACAAGAGCGCGCCUAUUGGCGUGUACACCGUCCACCGCCCGGCCAGUUCACACCUUUGGAACCAUGCCCCAUACCUUCGCGUGAUCGUCAAGGCUUCAAGCCUAAUAAGAAGAAAACAGUUGAUGAUGUGCAACGCGAGGUGGACUAUCUACGCAAGUCGUUGAAUCGCACACGCAUGAAGAUGUCACAAGCUUGCGAAUCCCUCGUGGCAUAUUCGGAGACGUUUGCCGAGUAUGACUUCUUUUUGCAGCCGGUACUGCCCUCCAAUCCUUGGGUGACCGAAGAUGUCACAUUUUGGCAGCUGAAUAACAGUUUUGUGGAUACACCCACAGAGAAGCGAGUUAAGCGUUGGGCUAUCUCAGUAGAAGAGUUGGUUUCCGAUCCAACAGGACUGCAGGAGUUUACAAGCUUUUUGGAGAAAGAGUACUCUCACGAAAAUAUACGUUUCUGGAUCGCAGUGAAUCGAUUGCGUCGCUCGGCUCACUCUCAGGUGCCGCGUAAAGUUAAAGAAAUUUAUGAAGAGUUUCUGAAACCAGGCGCGCCAUGCGAAAUCAAUAUUGAUGGUAAAACCAUGGAGAGUGUGCUGAAGGGUCUAAAAAAUCCAUCACGUUUCACAUUUGAUUCCGCCUCGGAACAUAUUUACACGCUGCUAUUAAAGAAGGACUGCUACCCACGUUUCAUACGAUCCGACCACUACAAGCGUCUACUGGAGGCAGGCGUACCCCCAUCACACAAGAAACGCUUCUUUAACUUCGGUGGUGUGGGAGGUGCCAAGAAGAAGAUGACAGCCGCACUCUCCAGCCAACCCAAUCUUGGUGACGGCACAACUGCGAAGAAUAUCGGCGGUGCGAGCGGCUCGAUGAUGACAGCACCACCUCCAGGCAACUUGGCGCGACGACGGGGCAGCGACCGCAGCCUUACCGGCUCCGCUCACGAGCUGGCUGUGAUUGGCGUAAAUAAGGACAUAACCUCUAAAGUGCCACACUCGCACUCACAAAGCAAUUUGAGUGAGAUGCCAUACAGGGAGACGACCAAGUCGAAGCCUGCUCGCUUGGAGACCACGGUGGAGUCUUCCAGUAGCGCAGUGUGCCCAUGGGAUGUGCCAGAUGAGCCUCCUGACACACAGGCACCCACGCCAUACCAAAAGUCUCAAAUUAAAUUGUCCAUAUGUCCCUGGGAGCAGGAAAGCGACCCUGCGCCAAUCGCAGCUAAUAUUGCAAAGUCAGCGACACACCGUCUCACCAGCACAUCUUCGGACAACACUGAUGUAUCGGAUCGCAGUCAACGCAACUUGGGUAUAAGACAUCAGAACACCGUAGACAGCGGCGAGGCGAGUAAACGUCUUGUUCCAAACUUCACCGAACAACGCAGAGCUUCAAUGUCCUUCACACAGUCGCGUCUUUCGGAAUAUCAAUUCGGUCAGACAUCUGUUUCAGCGAAAACUUCUUCUAGCCCAUCGCCAACAGUGGGUAGCCAAAGUGUUGUGGACUCUUCGCUUCCAGCACCUCCGCCACCGCUCUUCACACAAAGUAUUGCGACCAUGGCCGCAGUAACGGCGAUUAAUAGCUCAUCGACGAUUGUGACGAAGGAUCCUCCUUCCUCUUCGGAUGCAGAAGUAGAGGAGGAGCUGAAUAAGCUAACUGUAUCGCAGAGGAAUAGUGAAUCUUCAGCAUCCGAAAUGUGUGCGCUGCCACCACCUACUCCGACUCCACCUCCCAUUACUAAGGUGACACCACCUCCUCCGGACGAAAAUAUUUGCUCCUACUAUCAGCCAGUUGAGGUGAUAUCUUGUGAGAGUUCUCAAAGCGAUCAUGUGUGCGGCGCAGAAAGAAGUGGUGGAAGCGGCAAUAGCGACAAUAGUAGCAUUGUCAUAUCAGAGACAGAUGUGGAGGUAGCUGUGCAGGAGGUACAAAUAGAGCUAAUUGAAAGCUAUGACCUUCAGGAAGGAAAAAGUCCGCAGCUGUCAACACCCUCCAUACAGAUUGAAGAGGACUUGAAAGUUUUGCCAAUUGAGGACCCAGUUGCAGAGCCGACGCCGGCCGAAGGUGACUUUAUCGAGGCUGUAGCUCAAAGAACGGCCACAACCAGCCGAGGUAAUUCGCGGCCGGAAACGCCAGAAAUUGAACAGAAGCCGCUACCAGCUGCCACCACGCCGGACAUUUUGCAAUCGCCACAACUGCAUACGUCCAUAUCUUCGGGCGCGCUGCUAGUUACCGCUUCAGUGAUACCGCCACCACCGCCACCCAUCGGUCCAAUGGAAGAGGAAGAGCAGCUACGCUUUGAGGAAGAAAUAGCAGCAGCACAAGAGACACAGGAUGAACUCUCACCAACUACAGACGAGUAUCAAGAGGGCUUACAAUUCGAUACCGAUGGCAAGGAAGACUACGAAUAUGACAUCAUUGACACUGACAGCCAAGCCGGUUAUAUACCUCCAGCACCGACGCCGGCGCCAUCCAUGGCACCACUUGCCGAAAUGGAUAUUGACACCGUAGACGAUGAGCCAUGCGAAGAAAUGUGCUCUUUGCAGGAAUUGGCGGAAAUACCAACAACACCAACGCCAACUGUCAACAUGUACGAAGUGUCGCCGACCAUCAUUGAGAGUGUAAUUCCAAUGGCCACUGAAGAGGUGAAAAAGCGACGAAAGAAGCGCAGUGCCGAAGGCAAAAAGAUACUAUCCGUGGAUGAAAAGGAGCAAAAGGCGAGUACAUCGGCCGGUGGAGCUACAGAAGUUGUCAGCGGAGCAAAGUCGGAGACUGACCGCAAUGCGGUGUGCCCCUGGGAGGACGAAAAUGUUACAACCAGUGAUGGUACUUUCGUGAAGACAUACGCCACGCUCGGAUAUUUAUGAAUAAAGCAGAACCUUUUCAAGUCCGUGGUCAACAAAAUACUGAAGAAAAAGAAAAAUCAAAAGAAAUGACAGUUUUGCAACGCAACCCAAAACACAUACACAGAAACUUACACGUAAUCGUUCAUGGACAGCAAACAUACACACUUCAGCGCUAGAAUGAGCACUGAUGGGAUUGAUCUCUCCUUUGAAGUGUUUUGUUUACGCAAAACACUGAACCCGUUACCAUGAUUUUGUUUUCGAUUUACACAGUAGUAGAGUUGCUCUCAGCUUGUCGAUUUAUAGCACGCCCACAAAUACACACGCGCCACAUUCACUAAGCCGUCACUAAAGAAUAGAAUAAAUAAAUCUGCUAUUAGAAAUUAAUAAUAAGACAUCUAUACAUGUACACCAAUCACCUAUACAUUUACCAUUCGCAGACACAUACACACAUAUACUCUAUUCAGUACUCCUCCAGAAGAAGAAGAAGAACUGAUAAUAUGAUGAUAAGAUGAAUUGAUUGCUUAAAUGUUUAAGCUAUAUAAAGAGAAUUGUAUAUUGCUGAAAUCACAAUUAUUUAAGUAAAUCUCGAAGCCAACCAAGUGCAGAGAAGAGGAAAUAUAAAAAUUAUUAGGAAUUUGCGUUACAUAACUAUUAUUAGUAUUUAGAAACUUAGCGAUCGGUGAUUCGUAGAAUGAGAUCACAUAUUGGAUACUUCUAUGCUAUUGGCGCGGACCUUAAAAGUGAUGUGCGGUGGUAGACAGUUAUUGAAUGCCACCACAACUAGUUUUUAUAGACAUUUAACAAAUAAUAAUGCUAAAAAGUUCUAAGGAAACGAGGGAGCGAGAUUUAGGUGGAAAAAUUGAGUGCCACAGCCGAACAGCUUACGGAGCCGAAGUGUGAUGAAUUAACUUCAACAAAGAGAAAUUUGAAUGAGAAAAAAUAGGUUAUUUUGAAAGAAGAAUUAGAAAGAGAGAGAUGAAAAGCGAGUAUAGGAUUUGUCACUUUGGCACUUUGCUCCACACUCUCCCACUUUAGGUAAAUGUGAAGGAAAACAGUGCGACAAUAAGCAAAGUAUAAGCAAAACACUACAAACUAACAACAGCAAAUUUUAGUUAUGAGCAUAAUAAUUUCUUUACUUAUUUAUAAUUUCUUUUAUGUUUCCUUCAAAUAAUUAUCAAAAACUUAUUUACAGUAUUAUAUACAUACAUAUGUUAGGUAACCCAUAUAAAAAAUACUUUUAAGAGAAAUAAUUUUUUUAAUAAAUGUAACUUUUGAAUUCCUUUUAUCAUUUCCAUUACUGAUCAAAAGUUUGCUAUUUAAACGAGAAUAUGAGGUCAGCUGACCAAAAAUUUUCAAUUUUUGCAAUUCUCAAUUUCCUGACUAGUACACAAAUAUUUUUGAAAACUUUUGUAAGAACGCACACCUUUUGUAAAAUGAUGCUUUACGCGCUUACACCCCGCCUACACAUUUUUAUGCACCCUCCGCAUGCAUGUGUGUGGGUGGGACAGCUCCAGCUGCAAUAUCUUUGCGUUCGUGCACACACAACUUUCGAGCCCCAAAAUGUAUGCAACGAAAGCGAGAUACCAACAAUGCGAGGCAACUGCGGCAACACGGUGGAAGGCCUCACAGGAGGCCCGUGCCUCUUUAGAACAGACUGGAGCCAAGGCAAAUAAAACGGCAUUUUACGAGACGACAACCGCUUGGAAAAUCAACAGCUGUUAGGGUCAUUGAAUAUACUAUUAUUAAUAAAUAUGAUAAAUAUAUUGCAUGUUGAAUAUGCUACUACGUUACUUAAAAUGCACUAACUAAGCAAAUGUAUCGUUGUUCGAUUGUUGAGAAAAAUUACAUAUACACUACUAUGUUAUAAGCAAUUGCCUGGAAGGGCUUAGUGUUCGUUGUUUAUUCAAGUAAAAUUGGCAAAUUUGGUGUUGCAUUUAUUCACAAUAUUCACUAAUCAAUCCUUACUAGUUGGCGCUUGCAGCCGUUUACUUAAGUGUCUGACUUAUAAAGAAUGUUACGCAAAAUAAUAUCAAAUAAAUAAAAUAAAACGAAAAAAAAACUAUAAAAACGCAAAAAAAAUAUAAAAAAAUAUAAAAUCUUUGAAAAUUAGAAAAAAAAAUUGUUGGUAUAUUCCUAGCAUUUAGCAUACAUACAUACAUAUAUAUUUCCAGUAUAAAAUUUAACCACUUAGAUUGAAGGAGUUACUAACUGAAUGUUGUGUGUUUAACUAAAAUAAAAUACAGAAAAUAAAUGCUUACAAGCAUUCUUAGAAAUAAGCUUUAUUAGUUAACGAUAGAGGCAAGUUUUAAAAAUAUUUGUGUACGAAAGGCGAAAACACUUCGUAGAUACCAAAAAAAUUUAAGAGCAACUCGCAAACUUUCAAAUACCAAGAAAAAAAAAUUUAGGUCAGCAAUUUUAAAGAGAUGUAUAAAAAAUGGCAUUUAUUAAUUUGUUAAAUUAUGCAAACAAGUUGCCAAAAACUGUUGGGAGCUUUUCUAAGUUAUUUAGUUUAAUUUUCAUUUAGCUUAAGUUGAUCUGCUUCACGCAUACGAAUACAGUCAGUCACAAACAUCCACACAUCACACUCUGAAACUCACCUCAAUCUCUCACGCACACUGAACUUCAGACUCUCAGAGCUACUACCGAUUCUCAAUCAAAAACGAGCUAAAGGAAAUAAGUAACAAUUGGUUGUUGGCUAGACAAUUAUCUCCCAUUAAGCUCGCUCGAGUAUCUAUUUUAUUUACAAUUACAAUGUACUUAACUAUAUAAAAAGCUAAACAUAAAACAAAUCAAAAUUAGAAAAGAGUUGGCUGAAUUUAAAGGUGAUAACUUACUCACACACGUAUAAUGACAAAACGCAAAUAUAACUGAGAAAAUUCCACAACAAAAAAAUAUUUAUUAAGUAAGCAAGUUAUAACUGAAAAAAAACUUAGAAAAAUUAACCACAACAAAGUAAAUGUUGAAUAUUUCUAAAAAUACAGAAAAUAAUUGAAACCACCGUUCAAAACCACUCACCAAAUGAAGCGAAGCGAGAAACCUAAAGCAAAAACAAAAACAACAAUAAAAUAUACAUAUAAAUAAUAACUCAAGGGUAAAGUAAGCAAACAAGGUCACAUGGACCCAGCAGAAAGGCAGAAGAGCAGAAAUAGAAUAAAUUAGAAGAAUUAGCAGUAGAAAUAGGUAUGAAUGUAGGAAGUGUGGUUAGUUUAGAUGCUCGUCAAGUCUCAACCCAUUAAAAUGCCAAAUUAUACAUUUAUGAAAAAAAAACAAAAAUGGAGAUUUUGAAGAGGAGCAGAGUACGGAGCAAAAACAGAGCGGGAAAUAUGGAUCUAUAUACUUUACUAAAAUAUAAGCUAUAUUAAUUAAUUGAAGGGGUAGACGAAUAAACAAUCUAACUAGUUGGAGAAAACAUAAAAAAAUUAUAAUUUUUGUUGUUCGAAAUUUUUGAAACAGCUGAAGUGUAACGGUACAGUUAGCAUACGCUACGUGAUAAACAGAAAGAUAUGUGUAAAUGCAUAUAUGCCCGAGUGCUAGGAAGAGAGAUGGAAGAAUGGAAAGAGAUUAGUAAAGAAAGAGCCAAGGAGAGCCAAGCGAAGAAAAUUCCUACGGUUAACUCCUUAGUUGACCUUGGGAACUCGGAGCAAAAUUAAAAAUAUUUAAAUGAUAUGUUUUCGUUAAUUAUAAGUGUAAAGGUUACAACUAAUAUUUAUGAUAGAACUAGUAAUUGUUGUUAUUGCGUAUAAUUAAUAAUUAGCCUUACAAACAUGGUUAUAAAUAUAUACAUUAUUAUUAAAGGUGUGGCAAAGCCCAUGUAGCAUUUAAAGCAGUAAUACACAAAAAAACAAACUGAAGGUGAACAAAAUUGACACCAGCGAAUAAUUGAGUACUAACCACCCUACACAAUGCGAAGGAAAUAUAUGCAGCAGAAACAGAGAUUAAAACGAACAGAAAUUGAAAUACAAAUAGAAACAGAAAAUAAAACAGAAUGCAGAAACUGAAACAGAAACUAUAAGAGCAAAAGAAAUUGAA